AUGGCCUUACAAGCUUCCGUCGAUUUCAAGAAGAUGGCUGUUGACUGGUGGGGAUAUGUGCUGCUUGCUUGUCUUCUUAUUGUAGUAGCUACGAUAAGAUGGAGAUCGAAGUCCGCAACCAUCAGUCGGGACGUCAACAGUGUCGUAGAUAAGAAGAAGUUCGUUGCUGAUGUACAAACGGCUACCAUCGUUCCUCGAAAUAACUUCAAAUGGCAGGAGACAAAGCCUCUCCAACUACGAACCUUCAAACCCAAAUACCACCUGACAAUGUCCAUAGAAUCAACCACGAUCUCGGAACUCGUUGAAAUGGACUCGACUUAUCUCGACCGAAUCAAUCUCCGGAGAAAAAUCAUGCAAGAGAAUCCAAGCAUUGCACUUGGUGCAACUGACAGAAUUUCAGCAGCCGUCAAUGAAUUCUACGUCUGGAUAUUUGGGACGUACCUUCCCACUCGCUAUCCAAAAAUGUUUGUCCUUCACCCUACAAGCGUUGAGAAUUUGGUCAACAAAGAACAUAUUCCUCGAACUCCGCCAACGUCUUCACUUGAGGCUUUGAAAAUCAUGGGAAGUCAUAUUGACCACGAUUUUCUUUUCAUGCUUCCCUCAGAAGACGGCGAAGGAUAUAUACUCGAAGGUUUUGUAGUAUGCUUCCCAAGUGGAUUCGAUACCAGCAAAAAGUGCGGGAUGACACUCCGAGAAAUUCACGGUCCGGUGCCGAAUUAUAAAGAGAAGUUAGCACUUAGCAUGGAUCGAUUCUUUGACAGGCUGGAAGUGGGCAAGGUUGUGAAGAGAGCCAAUUGGACAAUCACAACAACAGACGAGCUUUUCAAGCCCGGCGGAACACAUCUGUAUGAAGGCGAAGAAGCAGAACCCGAAGAUGUGGACAUAUCCCGGACAAGUCUCCGAUGCGAACGUCAACUUCUUCAUCGUUUACCCACCAGCAAAGCAAUUGUCUUCUCCUUCGAGACUUAUCUGUAUCCUAUUCAGCAACUACGAGACGAGGGAUCGGGCGAUGAUUUGGCAAAUGCUAUUGAGGGAUUGGCAGGAGGAAGUGUACCUGCGUUUCACACCUAUAAGCGAGCUGGAGUUUGGGGUGACGCCGUGAAAGCCUUUUUGAGGAAUGAUUAA